CCCCAAGCAAAGCGCCUGUCCGAACCGUCGCGGAAGAAAAGAACCCCCACUGCCCCUCUCGUUCUUCUUCUCCACCGCACCGAGCCCCCCAAUCUCCCCGGCCGCCCGCAACGUGGAUCGAUCAGGAGAGUCUCGCAGAAGGGUUACGACCGAGAUCGCCGCCGCUGGAUGGGAGGAGCGGCAUAGGGACGAGCAGGAGGAGGAGGCGGCCGCGGCGAGCAAAGGGAUCGGCCCCGAGGAGGACUGCCAGGCCGAGGCCAGGAGGAGACCAUCAUGUCUGCCCUAGUCUGCGGGAAGAGGUCUUCUUCCGUCUUCGAGGAGCUUCUCCACACCCCUCCCCCCGCCUCCAAGAGGACCCGCUGCUCAGCCGGCGCCUCCUCUCCCACCGCCAUCCUUCUCUCCCCGGCCCGGCCCUCUUCCGCCUUCAGCUCCCCGGCGUUCGAUCGGAACGACGACAACAACAACAGCAGCGGCAGCGGUAAACAAUAUUCGCCUCAUCUCGCCCACCUGCGAUCCCUCUUCCCUGACAUGGACCCACAGUUUCUUGAAAGGGCACUUGAAGCAUCUGGAAAUGAUCUGGAUUCUACCAUAAAGAGCUUAAAUGAUCUCCAUCUGGAGUCAACAGAUAUCAACUUUGAUUCUGCUGCGAGCAAACCUGAAAGUGGAAUUGAAACGAAUGUUCAUGUUUCAACUGAAGGUAUCAUGGACAACAAUGGUGCAGAAGAAGCUGCUGAAAAUCCACAUGGUGCAGCGUGUCUUCCCACUGAUGGCUCUGAAUGGGUUGAGCUGUUUGUGAGAGAAAUGACGAAUGCCACUGACAUGGACGAUGCAAGGGCUCGUGCCUCCAGAGUGCUGGAAGUUCUGGAGAAGUCCAUUGUCACUCGUGCUAGUGCUGAAGCAAUGCAAAACUUUCACAAGGAAAAUGUGAUGCUGAAGGAACAAGUUGAAGUCCUGCUUAGGGAGAACACUGUUCUGAAGCGAGCUGUGGCAAUCCAGCAUGAACGCCAGAAAGAGUACGACGAUAGAAGCCAAGAGCUGCAGCAUCUGAAACAGCUGGUGUCCCAGUAUCAAGAGCAGUUGAGAACACUAGAGGUCAAUAACUAUGCACUUACAAUGCAUCUCAGACAGGCUCAGCAAAGCAGCUCUAUUCCAGGACGCUUCCAUCCUGAUGUCUUUUAAGAUGGAUGAGUUGCCUGCCUGCCCUUUCCCCCAGGAUUUACAGUUUAUCGUAGUCUGCUUACUCUUCUGUCAAAAAUAAGUUGCCACCUUCUGUGUGCAAGGAUAUCAGCAUACAUAUAGCUAUUAUAUCAACAUAUUUAGAACCUUCUGUGGUUUUUUUUUUUUCAAAUACAAUUAAAAGAUAUUUAACUCUGUCAUCGUAACUGUUGCAAAGUUGCAUCAAUGGUGGGUUAGAUCUCAUGGCAGGAA